AUGGUGCAGGCUGGAGUUGGUGGACUAGAUACACCACGAACGAACCUCGGGGACGCAACUUAUCUCUCAAACAACCAACCCGAAUUCGACUUUGAUUUGUCGCAAGAACCAACUUUCCAAUCUCCCUCCAAAGACAACAAUAUCGUUCAGCAACUGCAAAACGGUCGACGCGGCGGAAUCAACCUUAAAACACCACGAAGUCGCGUUGCGCUCAGCGACCGACGGAACCUUCCAGCUGGGCUCAGUGGAGGAGAAUUCACACCAUUACUCAAAAGUGCGACGAGGAAUAGUGCUCUACGAAAUGGCAAGGAAAACACCAUUCAGACGCCAGCAUUUCUCAGGGCAGGUGGUUUGGACAACAUUCCUGAAGACCUCAGCGCGCUCCCUGCCCUUGGCAGCUCAGUAUACGGCGACUCGAGAAACGAAUCAUAUAUGGUAGGCACGCCGAUGCCUCAUAUUGAUAGUAGUAGCGCGGCAUCGACACCCAUGGCAUUACUACCCCGGCGAAAGGAUGGCCCGGGAGUCUUACAAGAUGGCAAUCAAUUAUCAUUACGAGAGCAGGAGAACGUCAUAGACAAGAUUGAGAAGGAAAACUUUGGGUUGAAGCUGAAGAUACACUUCUUGGAGGAAGCUCUGCGAAAAGCUGGCCCGGGAUUUAGUGAAGCAGCAUUGAAAGAAAACACGGAACUCAAAGUCGAUAAGGUGACACUGCAAAAGGAAUUACACCGGUAUAAGAGGACCCUGGGUUCGGCCGAACGCGAUGUAGACCUCUAUCGACAGCAGAUUAUUGAAAUGCAAGAAAAAGUGAAACAGAAACAUGCCGAUGAGGGACACCGGGAAGAGCUGGAUCGUCUACGACAAGCCCUACAGGAGAGGGAAGCGGAGGUGAACCAACUGAAACUUCAAGGGGGCCAAUUUGAGGAGCUACGGGAUAAUAUACAUGACCUUGAGGCUGAAAACCGAGAUAAGAACCGCAUUAUUGAAGACCGGGAGGACGAAGCCGACAACCUGAAAGACGAACUUGAAAAGCACGUUAAACUUAUCUCGGAUCUGAAAGAGUCUGUGAAACAAGCUCAGCGCCAUAAUAUUGAACUGGAAGAGAAGGCCCAAGCCAGCGAGGAUCUUGAAGACGCGAAGGAGGCGAUUGAGGAGAUGGAACGGGACCUACGGCGGCUUAAAGAUGAGCUGGAGGAUGCCGAGGAGGGUAAACAAGAAGCCAUGAGAGAGAGAGAACGUGCCCAAGCAGAUCUCGAAGAGCUUCAGGAUGAAAUGGCCAACAAAUCGAUCACCACCAAGGGCCUAAGCCGGCAAAUUGAAGAAAAAGCAAAUCGCUUACAGGACGAUCUUGAAGAUCUCCACGAAAAGCACGCUGGGAUCGAGGAGGAGUAUGCACGCAAAUCACGGGAAGUUGAGGAGCUACGAGAGGCAACCGCGCGCCUGAAGCAGGAGACCGAGGCCCGCGAGCAGAGGCUUCAAGAGAACCUGGAAAUUUCCCGUAGAGAAACUCAGGGAAUGUCUCAACAACGCGACGAUUUAUUAAAACAGCUCGAAGUUGCUCAAAAGGAGCGGCAGCAGAAUGCAGACGAGAAGAAUAUCCUCAAAAUUCGACAUGAUGCACUCACCCAAGAAUCAGCCGGUCUUCAGAAGGAACUCGCAAAGGCUCACCAAGAGACUGAGGACAUUCAGGACAAGUUGGAGCAUGAGAAGACUCUAUCUCUUAAUAAUGAGCGAGAAGUCAGAGACGAAUACAAAGCUGGAAUUAAUCGCCUAAACGACGAGAUCGAAGAUCUCCGUGUUGAAGUUCGAGAGAAGGAGAGACUCUACGACAACGAUAGCGACAAAUGGGAGAGCGAAAGGCGAAAUCUAGAAUCUCAGAGGGACAUGGCCGAGGAAAAGGCGGCGGCCCUACAGCGGACUAUCAACAGACUCCAAGAAGCCGAGGGGACCUUAUCCAGUAAGGAAACGAAACUUCAGGAAGCCCUCCAAAGUGAGAACGAUAGGCAUACAAGCCAGGAAACGAUAUUAAACCGGCAAAUCCAAGAGCUAAACGGGGAUGUGGAAGCUCGUUGCAGGACACUUGAAGCACUUAGAUCUGAGCUGUCAAAUGUUAGAGAAGAACUCCGCCUCAGCCAACGGGAGCGAAAAUUGUUAGCAGAAAAGAUCGAAGGACUAGAGGACGAGGUCGAGAUUCUCCAAACUAGCCUUGACGAGAGUGAUCAGGCGAAUCAAGAGCUUGCGGCCGGGAAACAAGAAACCGAAGGCAGUGCGAAGCUAAAUUCAACUGUGGAAAAUAUGAAAACCCAACUUUCUAAGGCUAAACAAGAGAAACAGGGACUGCAAGAUCAUUUGGCUAGCUUAAAUAUAGAGAUGCACUCUCUCCGUGUCUCUAAGUCCGAAGUUGAAGCUGAGCGGGAUGAAAUUCAAUGUCAACUAGAAGCCAUGAAACAGCAGGAAGAGGAUACAUUCCGUCUUGACCAAGAAAGAGUUGAUCUGCGCACAACAAAGUUAAAGUUAGACUGUGAGGUUCGCCGCCUUCGGGAAGAGAACAAGCUUACCACCGCUGAGCGGGAGACGAUAGAGAAAGACUUAAAACUGGAAAUCGAACGGGCCAGUGCUGAGGAGGCUCGCCUGACCGCUGAAAUUAAUGAUUUACAAAAACUACUCCGAGGCUCCUCAGAAAAGAGGGAGUUAUCUUCAGCCAAGAAAACUAUUCAGCACCUCGAAGAACGGAUUCAAGAACUGGAGAGGCAGAUUGUGUCAGGAGAUGGCCAGAAUGACACAGCUCACGAAAUAUCUGUCAUGCGCCACGAGCUUUCGGCCGUUCGCCGAAAGGAAUUCGAAUUCCUUCAGCGUGAGGCUACUCAAAAGGAUGUUCUUCGUGGUCUCAAACGACAGAUUACAGAACUUGAACGAAAGGCACACGAAACAGAAAUUUCCCGUCUAGAACACCCAUCACCACAUUCUUCUGUCAGCGGAUCUGCUCGCAAAUCCGAAAUUCUCGAAGUGCGUGCCCAACUCGCAGCAGCUCACCAGUCUUUGAAAGAUACUCGGUCACAACUCAAAAAUUACGAAAAGGAGGCCUCGCGGAAACUGAAUGCCGCGAACAUCGAUCUCCAAGCUCACAUUACAUCGUGGGAAUCAGAAAAGGAUGGAUUUGAGCGCUCGCUUGACGACGCCCAAUUCCAGAUUGAUGAACUUUCAGCCAAGAAUACCUCUCUAGAAGCGACUGUCUCACGGCUAAGAGGGAAAAUUGAUCGACUUGAGAAGGCACUCCAAGCUGAGCGUCUCAAUAGUGGCGAGGAUCGUACCAUGGCCGUCGAACGCCGAGAUCUCCACGAGAUGCUGCGAGAAACUCAAAUCCAGGCCGAAUCGCUCGAGGUCGCGGUUCAAGAGCGAGAGGGCACGAUUGCAGCUAUCACAACAGCUGAAUCCGAACUCCGCGCCCAUCUAAAACGUGUACGUGAUGAGCGUGCCUUGCAGCGUUCCAGAGCCGCUUCAGCUAAGGAGCAACUUGAGAAGAUGGAGGGCAAGUUCCAAGCGGCCCAGAAGAGCUGGGAUGCAGAAAAGAAAGCACUUUGUCGUGGAGUGAGAUUCGUGAACACCUCGAUGUCCACAAAUGAUGAAUCAGAAAUCGGUGCAUUGAAGAAGGAUAUCGAGGAGAAGGAAAAACGCCAUGUGAAAGAGCUAAGAGGUAUGGGUCUGCAGAUCGACUGGCUGCGAGCGAGAUGUAGACGGGAGGAGACAUUUAGAGCUUCGGCUGCGUAUGCCAAGAGAUAUAUGAACCUCCAAAUUGACAUGUAUCAGGCCUGCAACAAAGCAGAUCUUAGGCUGCUAGAAUCGACAGGUCUCAAAUCCACUAGGCCUAAAAAGGAGAAGAAUGUCACUUUCCGGAUGGUUGCUUGGGCUGUUAGGGCUACUGUGAGGAUGACGAAGGGUGCGGAGCAGUGGAAGGAAAGCACCAAGAUCCACGAACGCCUUAUAGCUCAAGCGAAGAAGCAGAGGAGGCAGAGUAGUAGUCGGCGUUGA